AUGGGCUGGACUACGCGCGGGGAUGCAGCAUAUAUCGCUCCGCGCGACUUUCUGCCAGACAAGCUCGCCGACGACCAGACCUGGAAAAGGUUCAUUUGCAAAGGCGAAGCUCUCGUUGAGGUAAUGAAGGCCUCUGAAGAUGAGGCGGCAAAAGUCAUGAAUCUCCCACACGCCCAAAGCGAGUGGAGCGGUGACCUCAAGGGCGAGUAUCUGACUGGAAGUUUAGUGGAGCUCCAUAAAACUGACUCUGAUGCAGCUGAACUGAAGACAUGGGCGUACACCGAAGCCUACGCAUCCUACCUCAACUGCGAUCUCAAGGGCUAUUGGGCAGUCGAGUCCGCUUGCAAUGCGCUCGGUCUCGACACGCGCGCAAAGGCGAUGGGCGGCGCGAAUAUUUGCUACAACUUCAAUCACUGGGAUGCGAACAAGAAAGACGAGAAUGGAAACAUUGUGCCUAAGGCGAGGCAGACGUACCAGGUCAACAACAAGGAAUACAGGGCGACCGGCGCGGAGAUGCAGAUAGCAAUCAACCCAGCUGGUGGCGUAGUCUUUAUGCAAUAUGUCACCUCUCCUGCUACUGCUGCACAGAACGUGUGGAACAAGAAGCCUUCGAUCGACGAGCUCCCCGCACUGCGCCAUCUCUCCGACAUUAUGUGGGGUGCGUGGAACCGCGACAACGAAGACAUUAGCAAGAUCAAGUACUUCUGGGCAAGCGUGGGCAAUACUCGCACGAAGACCUUGAUUGCGCGUGCUCUCAAAGAGGCUGGGAAAGUGCUUGAGAAAUGGCCUGGCACCACGCUUGAUAUGGAGGAGGAUGGAACGCUGGCUAUUCUGGGUUCGGAGAACGGCGCCUGCUGGGGCUGGUUUCUUGCGCAACACAAGAAGGAGCUGGGCAGCAAGGUCAUCGAGACAGUCGUGAUCUUCAAGAAUGAUCGCGAUAAAGACCCGGACCCAGAUCUGAUUUUCUACGUUGGUGACGCUCCUGCGCAGUAA